AUGAUCGAGCUGGAGCACGCCUUGCAGCGUGCUAACUUGACGAAGCUGAUUUCUGAGAUGCAGGGGCAUCAUGCUUCAGCGAAAGUUUGUCCAUGGUUAAAAAACACCUCUCAACAAUGUCACUUAUCUCUCGACCCAGAAAUCAUAAAUAUGAUGAGAACGUCGAGAAAUUACUGCGAACUCUUGCACGUCUGGGACCAGUGGCGUAAAGUUGCAGGAAAGCCCAUGAAAGAAAAGUUCUUGCGUUACGUUCAACUCCAAAAUGAAGCUGCGAUACUCGGCGGACAGCACGACGCAAGUGUCUCAUGGCUAGGUGCCUAUGACGACGAUAAUUUUGAGAGGAAACUGGAACAAUUAUGGGCACAGAUAAAGCCACUCUACAUGCACCUGCACGCGUACGUGCGUUCGAAAUUGCGUAAUGUGUACGGCAGUGACAGAAUAUCAAAAUUUGGACCCAUUCCUGCCCACCUUCUUGGUCACAUCCACGCCCAGCGCUGGUCUGGAAUAAUGGAAAUAACUACGCCAUAUCCAAAUAAACCUGCCAUCAAUGUCACAGAUGCCAUGUUGCAAAUGAACAUGACUGUGCACGGCAUAUUUUUGUAUGCGGAAGAGUUUUUCACCUCAAUGGGUCUUCCUGCAAUGCCAAAUACAUUUUGGAGGCGAUCGUUACUGGAAAAGCCGCUGGACAGGAAAGUUGUUUGCCACCCUUCUGCUUGGGAUUUAUACAUCAACAAUGACGUCAGGAUCAAGCAGUGUACCCAAGUAAACAUGGAUGACUUCCUGACGGCGCAUCACGAAAUGGGUCACGUGGAGUAUUAUCUGAAGUACGCAAAUCAGCACAUCGUCUUCAGAAAAGGAGCCAACUUUGGUUUCCAUGAGGCUAUUGGAGACACAAUUUCUUUAUCUGUGGCAACACCAAAGCACUUGAAGGCAGUUGGCCUUCUCAAAGGGAUGCGGGAAGAUUACGAAACUGACAUCAACUACUUAUUCAGCGUUGCUGUAGACAAGGUUGCUCUUAUGCCAUCAGCAUAUGCCUACGAUAUGUGGAGGUGGAACGUAUUUAAGGGCGUUUACACGCCUCACCAGUACAACGCUGCCUGGUGGACGCUAUUGCUCCAUUACCAAGGCAUUUGUCCCGCAAUACGUCGCUCACCAGAUGACUUUGAUCCGCCAUCUAAGUACCACAUUUCGGCUGACGUGCCGUAUAUCAGGUAUUUUGUAAGCACCGUCUUGCAAUUUCAAUUCUACAAAGCACUUUGCGACGAAGCGAAUCAUGUUGGUCCGCUCCACCAGUGCGAUUUUUACCACUCAAAGGAAGCGGGGAAGCUAUUCGGGCACGUGAUGCAGUUGGGGUCUUCAAAGCCCUGGCCGGAAGUGCUAGCUAUCUUAACAAGAGGGAAGACGAGAGACCUCGAUGCUGGACCACUGCUGGAGUACUUCAGGCCACUGUACAGAUGGCUCCAAGCGCGCAACAGAGGUCAAUUCAUCGGUUGGAUAAGCUGGGAUCCCCUUUCGUGCCCAGGUGUGACCACCUGUCGAGUAAGAAAUUGGUACGACUACAACAAUCCCUGGGCAGCUGGAAAGUAGUUCAAUAUUGUCUGCGCACAUUGCUAAUAAAAUGCAUUGCCGAAUAAUA